CGCUAACACAAUGCCUGGACACCACCGCGUGCGUUUCGCGGACAUCCCGUCCACGCCAUCCUCCACAUUCUCCGAGGCCACCCUCGCGUCGUCCCCGGGACCGUCGACGCCCCCAAGCCUCUUGUCAACACCAUUACCACCAAAGCACUACGGCACCUCGUCGCCGCGCUACUACCCCGCGUCGCCGCUCCCGGGCCCCACGGUGCACAUCCACCCCGUUCUCGCGUGCGCGCCCGGCAUCGGCGCGCCCCUGACCUGGGACCUCACUCAGCCCGUCGAGUCGGUGCGGGUCCUGACAUCGACCGCGCUGCGCGCAGUGUCCGAGACCCUGGUGCGGGAGCCCGCGACGACCCCGAAGGUCGCGUCCAUCACCAUCAUCUCCGAGCACCUGCCGUGGUCCAUCACCGUCACCCCGAAGCAGGACGCGCAGUGGUCCGCGCCGUACGUCACCGUCGGCGACGUGCUCUACAAGCUCUACCGCACGCUGCGCCUCGGGGUCACCGCCGCCGAGCUCGGCACCUGCGAGCUCGGGCACCAGCAGCGCGUGCACAACAACUGCUUCGCGCGCUGCGCAUACCUCCCGACGCUGGAGCUGCGCCAGGAGGAGCGCGCGAAGGGCGUGAAGCGCGUCGACUUCCUCUGCGAGGCGCGGAUGUUCCGGGGGCUCUCCCUUGUCCCCGAGGGGAACCCCGCGAAGGGGCUCGCGCCGGGCACGGUGUGGCGGCUGCACGUCGCGCGUCCAUGAGCGCGUCGCGUCGCGACCAUCAUCAGUGUUCCCACCGCCGAUUAAUACCGCCCGGCGCCCUCGUCCCCGUCGCUAUCAUCUCGCUUUCGCCCGCUCCCCGCAUGGACCUCGCAGCGCAUCAUCAUACCCUCGGACUGCCCGCAUACGUGUACUGUAACUGUACCAUUAUCCUCCCGAUACCCCACCCCCUUCAACGCCUUCGACGCCCUUAACGACCAUAAAGCAUAUCACGAGCACUGUACACUUCGCAUCAUUAUUGUCACGACCUAUCCUUAGCACCGCUACUUAUGUUGUAUAUAUCCUCCCGCGUUUAUGACGACCAGAAGUUGAUUAAUA